ACAUGCAUUAUAUAUAUUACAGACAAUACACCACUGGUAGGCGCAUAAUAUUUUCCGUCCUCAGCCCCUCACAUUUCCUCAACCCUCUCAGGAAUUUUCCUGGAUAUGAGCACACGGCCACCUUUGAUUCCCCUUUUGCUCAACCAUGGCUUCGUCUGCAGCUCACUCGCAGAUAGAAGGGAUGCAGAAGAAGGAUAUACAAAUAGCCAUGGCCAAGUCCGUGGAGCUCCGGGCCAUCCACAGUGCUCUGUUGCAAGGAAGUGGUAGUAGCCCAGCGGCGAUGAGGUUUCUCGCCGGCGCUUCUCCUCUUUUAUCCAACAAGUUUUCCUCCGCAGCUGACGACUACCCUGUCUUCACUCCGACUUAUGAAGAUGAACCAUUACCCGGGUAUCAGUUUAUCCGUCCAGAUCGAAGCCUUUCAGAAAGCUGGAGUGGAAUUAGGCUGGAAGGAGAAGCCAGAUGCGAUGAGCUAGUUCUGUCUGACACAAAUUCUGUGAAUAAGUUUUCUUCCGUAAAAGAUGAACCGCUGGUUUGUUCAACAAAUGAAUAUUUAUCAAACAAAACUUUUUGCUUGAACCAAAUUCCACGCAUGCAAAGUGCUCCAGGAGCUGAUGUCCUUAAGUCUUUAAGUAGGAGAAGCUCCACAGGAGAACUCAAAACAGUGACAUUUAACACGACAGACGACCCCGCAACUAUCACUAGGGAGGCUGGUACUGAGCAGAAGAAGCUCAAGGGUGUUAAUAAUGUUGCUCGUUCAGUGGGUAUCCGUACUACUUCACUUCCACCUCAAUCAAAAAGCAAAGGAACUACCUUUUCAUGGUUGUUUCAUAAAACAAAGAAGAAAACCAAGCCAGAAAUGUCUCCAAAUACAAAUGAAUCAGAAGAUAUGCCUCAGCUUUUAAAGGAUUGGGGAACAUUCUCACUUGAAACCUUGAAAAGGGAGCUGUUUGAGGCCAAUAAACAGAAAGAUGCAGCAUUGGCUCAAGUUGCAGAGAUGAGGUUUUCUCUAGGCGAGCUGCAGCAAAAGCUCAUAACCUUAGAGUCCUAUUGUGAAGAGCUGAAGAAGUCCCUUAAGCAGGCAGUUCUAGAACAAGAAAAAGUAGUUCUCAACUCAUUAAAAAGAACAAAGCCAAUUAGUAGUAACCACACCUGUAAUGAAAACUCCAUGCCUGUCAGCCAUGAUGUAAUGGUUGAGGGCUUCCUGCAGGUUGUAUCUGAAGCAAGACUCUCCGUCAAACACUUUUGUAAGACUCUUAUUGACAAUAUCGAUAAAACUGACAGCAGUUUGCUGGAGAAAAUAAGCUUGCUCGUACAUCCAAAUCCAUUAAAUUUGGACCAAAAGCACCAAAAAGGUGUUCUCUAUCACUUAGAAGCUCUCAUUAACCAGUCACUUCACCAAGAUUUUGAAAACUGUGUGUUCCAGAAAAAUGGGACACCAAAGGUUCUUGACCCUCAUCAAGAUCGCAUGGAGAACUUCUCAUCUUUCAUCUCUCUUCGGAAUUUAAGCUGGAAUGAGGUUUUGAGAAAGGGGACUAAGUAUUACAGUGAUGAUUUUAGCUGCUUUUGUGACCAGAAGAUGAGCAGCAUUGUUUCUAUAUUGAACUGGUCAAGGCCAUGGCCUGAGCUGCUUCUGCAAACAUUCUUCGUUGCUGCCAAAUGCAUGUGGCUGCUUCAUCUACUAGCAUUCUCCUUCAAUCCUCCUUUGUUGAUUUUGAGGGUUGAUGAGAACCGAAGUUUUGAUCCGCUAUACAUGGAGGAUGUUUCUAGAGACAAGCAGCAACGGGCACAUUCUUUAGCACAAGUGAAGAUCAUGGUAAUGCCAGGAUUUUAUGUGCAUGAUAAGGUUUUGAGGUGCAGGGUAUUGUGUAGGUAUGGGUAAGUUUAACAUAAUUAGCCUUCUGAUUCUGGUUAUGUAUUUUAUAUCAUUUGUAUAUUUCAUCCUUUUUUUAAUCAAUUUCUUACUAAGGGUAAGAAAUUGUCAAAGUUCUAGUUGUUUCUUAUAUGUUUAACUGAGUAAGCUCUUGUGUUUCUUCUGGAAUUGAAUUUGGUCUUCUAACUAGUAGAGGUAUUUCUUUAUUCA